AUGUUUCCUAGGUCUUUUGUUUUUCAGUCGUUCCUGCAAAGAUGUUCUAGAGGGUCCUUUCAGUCCUUAUAUCUCCAUUCUCGACCCUUAUCCCCGCGAUCCUUUUCGGAAGCUACUCGAUAUGCCAACUCUGUUGCAAGUCGUGUCCCAUUGCGACCUAAGUCCUCGUCGCGUCCCAGCAUCCCCGAUCCGACUGAGCAAACUCUGAAGUUUGCCGGGCGACGACCCGCAGGCCUGGGGCAAUUAGAGAGAAAAGUCGCCAAGCUUGGAAGCGUAGUCCUUUUCGAAGCUCCAUCACACAGAGGGUACAUCCUCUGGGCCUAUGGCAUCGCAACAUAUACCUUUGCCUUCGCUAUCUACAACUCUCACAUUGUCUUUCGAGAUCCAAAGAGGCCGCUGGCGACGUGGGUGAAGGCUCUCUGGGGGGGCUUAUGCGUUAUCAUGAGCAUGAUGGGCACCGUGGCCAUAACGAGAACCUUCAGGCUGAUCAAAGCCGUAAAGGCUGUGCAUGUCAAUGGGGCAAUGUACCUCCGUUUCUCCGUCCGACGGACGCUUCCAUUCCGCAAACCCUGGCAAUUCGACGUCCUGCCACGUCAAGUGGCUUUCUCUCGCCAGCUGGUCAUUGACCCGAAUCGUGUGACUGCUGACGGUCAAGUGAUGGCGUAUAGUCAGAAGCCCGAUAUCAGCUUCUUCCGGAAUCCCUUGAAAAUGAUCAGCUACAUUUUCUUCCGGAACUUUCUGAUCGUGCGCCAGCUCGUCACGACGGAAGAUUUCAUCCUUCUUGAAGUGCAAGGACAGAAGGGCUGGUUUAAAAUGGAUGCCAACGGCUUCGUCUCUAGUGAUCUGCUACUUGUGGGCAAUCCCGUUAGGGUGAAAUACUCUUCCAGUGUACCGAUGGAGACCGAUUUUCGAUUUUUUACUCCAUUUGACCCAUUGUACGGCCGCAGCGGGGGAGAGCAGUUCUAUUAUCCAACUGAAGCGUCGCCAAGACGAUAUGGAGAGGGUUCGACGCGACUCGUCGUGAAAACUUCUUCGCUUCUGGCCCAAUACCACGAUCCUAUUCCCGCGACUAAGGAGCCGAGUUACGAAGAAUGGAGAUGGGAGACGGAGUGGAAGGCGCAGUACCCUGAAGAGACACUUGGGAAAUUGAAGACGAACAAUCCGCUCUGGGUACUCUCGGGAGAUAAAGAGUUGAUCGAAGUCGCUGUUGGUGAAAAAGCUGCUCCUUGGGCCAUCCACAAGAAACUCCUCUGCUCCAACUCGAGUUUCUUUCAAGUUGCUAUCAACAGUCUUUUCCGCGAGGGCAGGGAGAAGAAAGUAAUUCUGAGGGACGAGGCGAACGAGGUCUUCUCCCUCUUUGUGCAGUGGCUUUAUUCGGGAUCCUUCACCACGACGUCGCUUCCCUUGUUGUUGCGCGCGUACGUCCUCGGCGACAAGUUGGGAUCGCACCGCUUCCAGGUCUAUGCAUUCGACAAAAUCUACGCCAUGAAUGCGUCGCGCUGCUAUUUCACCCCCGAACAGGCUGUGUGGGUUAAUGAGAAUACCAUGCCUAACUCUAUGCUGAGGAACUUCACGAUAGACACAAUAGCCAUGGGCUUGGUCAACAACACCCUGAUACCGUCAGAUGACGACUGGAACCUUAUGGCCCCUCUCUAUCUCCAGAUCUUGCUCAGCGUUCAGUCGUUGGCCAAGUUUCAGAACAAAGCGUGGCGUCAGAAGUCGAGACUUCACUACAUCUCUGAGAAUUGA